AUGGCUAAGGCAGAAAAGCCAAUGACACAGGGCCUUCUUGGAAUGAUCUCUUCUCCUCGAUGUGUUGCAGUUGUUGAAGUAAAUUGUGAAACCGACUUCGUUCCCAGAAAUCAGGAUUUUCAGUCUCUUGUUGCUUCCUCAGCUGAAUCACUGUUCAAACACUUAUUGGAAGCUAACCAACCCGGUACUCGCCAGUUCUCAGAAGAAGAUCUGAAAACCAUUCCGAACGUCGUUGGAUCUCAACGACAAACAAUCGGUGAGCUCUUAGCAAACGUCAUUGGAUCACCUGGGGAGAACAUGGCCAUUCCUCGAGGCAUAGGAAUGGCUCUCUCAGAUGAUAAAGCCAACGAACUCAGCCACCUCAUUGCUUAUUGUCAUAUGAGCAAUGCUGGGAUCAAGAAAGGC